CAAACGGAUAAAACUAACUCCACCUUCCCGCCAACUUCCCAUCUCUUUCAGGAUUCCACAGCUCUCCCUCACAAUGAGAAUCCUUCAAGACUUGACCUGCAACAACCCAACCAUAAUCCGAUAUCACCAUUUCCCACUUUCUUUCACCCUAUUCAACUCUCCAUCCUCUGCUCGCACCAUCAUCCAGACCCGGUGGAAGAAAAAACCCGCCAACACUGCCCAAACCCGCCUCCAUGCCCGUACUCGGGACCCCAAAUUGGACCCUCUCACAGCCCAUUUUGUCAGGCUCAGCCGCAUCCUCAACCUUCACCGUCUCGUUUCAGCCCGAAAACGGGGACCCUUUGUCUCCCUUCAGCUCCUCUCCAGGUGGGCUCCGCACGUUGGCCUCGAUACAAUCCCUGUUGGAGCGUUUCUCCGGAAAUACCCCCAUGUGUUCGAUGUAUUUACUCACCCGAUUCUGAGAAAUGUGUGUUUUAAAUUUAGGCAGGAAUUUGUGGAAUUGUUGAAGGAAGAGAACGAUGUUAUACGUGGACUUGAAUUUGAGAGUGUGAUGAGAAUAAAGAAGAUUUUGAUGAUGUCUGUUAAUGGCAGUAUUCAUUUGCAUGCUCUUAGAUUGGCUAGGAAAGAAUUGGGAUUACCUGAAGAUUUUCGUGAAUCGAUAAUUCAGAAGUAUGAUCAUGUUUUUAGGAUGGUAAAUUUAGAGGUUGUUGAAUUGGUAAGGGGAAUUAGUUACAAUUCUGGUCCUGAUGAUAGUGACGAAAAUGAGAGGUUCAUAGGUGUGGCUGAGGUUGAAAAGUGGAGGGAGAAAGAGUAUAGGGAGAAGUGGUUGAGUGAAUUUGAGGUUAAGUAUGCAUUUCCGAUGAAUUUUCCUACAGGGUUUAAGAAAGAAGCUGGGUUUAAGGAUAAGCUAAGGAACUGGCAAAGGCUUAAUUAUGUGAAGCCAUAUGAGAAAAAGGAGGUGGUUCGGGUGCGGACUUGUGGUGGGGUUGAGCGGUAUGAGAAGCGGGCUGUGGCAAUUAUUCAUGAGUUAUUGUGUUUGACCGUGGAGAAAAUGGUGGAUGUUCAACAUUUGGUACAUUUUAGGAAGGAUCUUGGGAUUGAGGUCAAUUUACGUGAGCUUGUUUUGAAGCACCCGGGGAUAUUUUACAUGUCUACUAAAGGAGAUACUCAAAUGGUUUUCCUUAGGGAAGCUUAUAGUAAAGGAUGCUUGGUUGAGCCAAAUCCAAUAUACGAUGUGAGGAGGAAGAUGUUGGAUCUUAUUCUGUUAGGACCUCGUUGUACCCGACGACUCAGGACUGAAUGGGAAGUCAGUAAUCAGGGACAGGACGUAAUUUGCACUGAGAGCAGAAGGAAAGUCAGUGAUGAGGAACAGGACAUAAGUUGCAUUGAGAGACAAGGAGAGGCAAAAGAUGGUGAUUUUGUCAUUCCAAUUUUGGAAGAUUUUGCAGACUGCAGUCAUCAGAACGGACACCAAUGAUUUCACUGAUGUAGUCAACAAAGAGCUAAUUAGGCAGCAAGAGAAGGAAAUGAAUUGGAAAGACAGGUACUGACAGGCAAGUCGGAUGUAGUAUGUGAGUUUGUACCUAAUCAAUUGCCAAGUGGGGCUUCUCCUCCAUAAUUUUACGUGAGGGUAAUUGCCCUUUGCCAUAUGUCGUGACGGCUGCUAAGAAUCUAUCUGACAGUGAAAUGUCUAAGAUGGUGGUCAUUCUGGUGGCUGAAAAUCUUUUGGAUGGAUGGUCCUUCCUUUUCUUUCUAUACUCUGUGUCACUUUCCAUGUGUUUAGGCCUCGAGGACAAAAUGGCAGGGUUGCUGUCAGCGAACGAGCUAGUUUUUAACUUUACAGAAGGUUAAAUCAACUAUUGCCUAUCGUAGUGUCACUGGAAAAGCUUUACCGAAGGUUGAGUCAAACUAUUGCCUAUACUAACGUCACUGGAAAGCUAAGGGCAUUGAUGGGGGCUGUCGUGUUGGCUUUCUGAAACUUAUUUGGUUGGCUAGAUCGCAUCCUGAAUUUGUUCAGAUUGGUCGAGCUUGAUAUGGCUACUGAAGGCUAAUUUCAGGACGGUUAGGAAAAUUUGAGUAUGGGCUGCGCGUAUGCUAGAAAGAACUUAAGCAGGCGGGAUCAAAGGUCAACCGUUUGAGGAGGAUAUGUUAAUUUUGCAAAGAAGUGCAUAUUGGAAGUGGUAAAUUACUUGACCUUUUGGCACAACAAGUUUUUAAGGAUUUGACAGUGAGAGAAGGGAGUGACGAAUGCUGUUUUGUCUACGGCUUUGGUGAUUGCUGAUUGCUCUCAACUGUGGUUCUCAAAUUCCUGACUAUAAAAGGGUUUACCUUCAAAGAAUGUGCCUUGAGGUGCCAGGAAGCUAAACGCAUGCUGUAUUAGUGCAAGUUCAACCAUCACAGAUGAGGAUGCACCGUACAAUUACCACAUUUGGGUGCUUCGAUGGUGCUAAGAACAUCAAGGUCCAUUAUUCUAUUAGAAGUAGCACAAGCCACUUUGGAAACUGUCACUAUCUGUGUGAUUAGUUUUCUAAAUCUUUUUUCCCAUAUGAACUGCAGAUACAAUCACUUUUCAGUGAAAAACAUAUCUACC